UUAACGAGGGCGGAGCAACCAAUUCCGCCCGCAUGGUGAUGCCUUCAGGUGAAAUGAGGGCCGACUUGUGCCUGGCCCUCGAAGCAUUGUAUAAAGAAACCAGACCCAGCAGAGCCGAUGCAACUCAAUGCGCGGGCAGUCAUCUGGGAUCAAAACCCUGCUCACUAUCAGCAGCCCAGCAGAGGUAGCCAGUACCUGAUUCAGCCAUGCGGUUCCUUGACGUCCUCGUCGGUGCCGCUGCCAUGGGCUCCGCUCUGGCGGCGCCGACUGGCGAUGCGCCAACCCCUACCACCAAGACGAGCAAGCGCGCGAGCAAGUUCCAGUUCGACGGCGUCAACCAGUCGGGUGCCGAAUUCGGCAACAAGGACCUCCCGGGCCAGCUCGGCAAGCAUUAUACCUGGCCCGUCCAUUCCUCCAUCGACACGUUGAUGGGCAAGGGCUUCAACACUUUCCGCAUUCCAUUCAUGAUGGAGCGUCUCAUCCCCACAAAGUUGACCGGGACAGUAAACACGACCUACUCACAGGGGCUAACGGAGAUCGUCAACUACAUCACUGGCAAGGGCGGCUACGCCAUCGUCGACCCCCACAACUUUGGCCGGUACUAUGACAAGGUUAUCACGGACGUAGACGGGUUCAAGGCGUGGUGGACAACGACGGCCAAGCUAUUUGCGUCCAACUCCAAGGUUAUGUGGGACACCAACAACGAAUAUCACGACAUGGACCAAACGCUAGUCAAGAACCUCAACCAAGCCGCCAUCGACGGCAUCCGCGCGGCGGGCGCCACGUCCCAGUACAUCCUCGUCGAGGGCAACUCGUACAGCGGUGCAUGGACCUGGACAACCACGAGUGGCAACACGAACCUGGCGGCGCUCAAAGACCCACAGGACAAGAUCAUCUACGAGAUGCACCAGUAUCUGGACAGCGACGGAUCCGGCACGUCGGUCAACUGCGUGUCGUCGACCAUUGGACAGGAGCGGAUCCAGGCGGCGACUGCGUGGCUCAAGGCCAACGGCAAGAAGGGCAUCAUCGGCGAGACGGCCGGCGGGGCCAACGCGCAGUGCAUCAGCGCGCUGACGGGCAUGCUGUCGUACAUGGCCGCCAACACCGACGUCUGGACCGGUUGGCUAUGGUGGGGGGGCGGUCCAUGGUGGGGCGACUACAUCUAUGGAAUCGAGCCACCCAGCGGCACCGCGUACAAGGGCGUUCUGCCCAGUCUGUUGCCAUAUAUCUGAUGACUGUGCAGGAGGCGAACUGGGCCGUGGAGAGGGCCCUGGCGAAACGGAUACGUCGAGUGUUGUGUCCGAGCUUAGUUCCUUGAAUUAAGUCGACUCUGCA